UGUAAGUCAAGGUCAUGAAGAAUGCAGCAGCAGCCGACUAAUUCUUUAUAAGAGUUUGAGGCAAACCAGCAGAGAUAGGGUACAAUGAGGAACUUCCACACCAUUCUGAAAUCCUUUCAGAGGAUCUCAAAGAAAGGAUUAGUGAUUGGUGGAGGUGUUUGUUUGAUAGCCUAUGUCUACCCUAAACUUAAACGACAAAAUCAGAUUGCUGUGGUCUCAGCAGCCCCCAUGGAUACUGAUAAAAAAUAUGCCUGGUCACCACUGCCAACUAGAGAGGAUAUGCUGAAGUCCCUUGAGACAGAACAUUAUGAUGUACUAGUGAUAGGAGGAGGAGCUACAGGGACAGGCGUGGCUUUAGAUGCUACAAGUAGAGGUUUAAAAACCGCCAUGGUAGAAAAAUAUGAUUUUUCAUGUGGGACCAGUAGCAGAAGUACUAAAUUAAUACAUGGUGGAGUACGAUAUUUACAGAAAGCUGUAUUUAAUUUAGAUUUAGAGCAGUAUAGAAUGGUUAAAGAAGCUCUGACAGAGAGGGCCAAUCUGAUAGAGAUUGCUCCACAUUUAGCUUAUCCUUUUCCAAUAAUGUUACCUAUUUAUAAGUACUGGCAAAUUCCCUAUUUUUGGGCUGGUAUAAAGAUGUAUGAUUUUGUAGCCGGGAAACAAAAACUUAAAUCAAGUUACUACCUCUCAAAGAAAAAGGCAUUAGAGAAAUUCCCCAUGUUAAAGAAAGAGGCACUCAAAGGAGCAUUAGUUUAUUAUGAUGGGCAACAUGAUGAUGCUAGAAUGAACAUAGCUAUAGCCAUAUCUACUGCCAGGAUGGGAGGAUCUGUAGCUAAUUAUAUAGAGGUUCUAGAAUUACAUAAGUCAAAAGAUGAAAAUGGAAAGGAAGUAGUGUCAGGGGCUAGAGUGAAAGACAGAAUCACAGAUAGAGAGUUCAACAUUAAAGCCAAAUGUAUAAUAAAUGCAACAGGACCAUACACAGACCACAUAAGACUUAUGGGAAACAAAGAAGACAAAAAAAUCUGCCAACCAAGUCAAGGUGUACAUAUAGUACUGCCAGAUUAUUAUAGUCCAGAAGAUAUGGGUUUACUAGAUCCAUCAACCAGUGAUGGACGAGUGAUAUUUUUUCUUCCUUGGCAAAAAGUAACAUUAGCAGGAACAACUGAUGUUGCUUGUGAAGUGACAGACAAACCUUCACCAUCAGAAAAUGAGAUCCAGUUUAUAUUAUCAGAAGUUAGAAAUUAUCUACAUCAGGAUGUGGAUGUAAGAAGAGGUGAUGUGCUGUCUGCUUGGUGUGGAAUCAGACCUCUAGUGAUGGACCCCAACAAAUCAGAUACCCAAUCUAUAGCUCGCAAUCAUAUCAUAGAAAUCUCAGAAAAUAAUUUAAUAACUAUAGCAGGUGGUAAAUGGACAACCUACAGACAUAUGGCUGAAGAAACAGUAGACAAAGCCGUAGAUGUUUGCAAUCUGAAGACCACCUCAGGAUGUCGGACCAAAGGUCUAAUGUUAGAUGGUGCUCAUGGAUGGUCCCCUACAUUGUUUAUCAGACUGGUGCAAGAUUUUGGUCUUGAAAAUGAGGUAGCCAAGCAUUUAGCCAGCACAUAUGGAGAUAAAGCUUUCAAAGUUGCCAAGUUAGCUACGCUGACGGGUAAACGAUGGCCAGUGUCUGGUAAAAGAUUACAUGAAGAAUUCCCUUAUUUAGAGGCUGAAGUCAGAUAUGCAGUGAGAGAGUAUGCAUGUAGGGCUGUAGAUGUUUUAGCCAGAAGAACAAGACUAGCUUUCUGUAAUGUACAUGCUGCAGAAGAGGCCCUCCCAAGAAUCAUUGAGAUAAUGACUGAGGAAUUAAAAUGGAGUAAAGCUAGACAACAUGCAGAAAUGGAGCAUGCUAAACAAUUCUUGAGACGAGAAAUGGGAUUAGAUUUAGGUGCUGGUACUUCAAGUGUUCCUAUCAACUUUACUAAGGAUGAAAUCAAUACGUAUGUAAAGAGAUUCAAAUCUCUGGACUAUGAAAACAAAGGUUUUAUCACCGUAAAUGAUCUCAGGAGAUAUUUUAAGAAAAUUGGUGAACGUGUAACAGAAGAUCAGCUACAUGAUAUCCUGAAUGAAGUAGAUCUAAACAAAAAUGCUCAAGUAGAUAUAGGAGAAUUUCUUCAGUUGAUGUAUUGUGCAAAAGUUUGUGAGGAACUAGAGAAAUUGUGUAAGGAAGAGGGAGGAUUACAGCGUCAUCGUGAACUUUCGUUUACGUUAAUGAGUGCUUUGAAAAGUGGUAAUGUCUCUAAUUCAAGAUUUGCAAAGGCUGUUUUGAAGAGUUCAGAGUUAGAACGCAUUCCAGUGGAGAGAAGUGGAGGAGGAGUGUAGUACACAUUAUAAUUUAAAGAUCUGUCCUUGACCUUGCAGUUGUAAUAUUGUCAUCUUAUUUAUUAUACUUUACCAGUGUUAUGUCUCAUAGAAAAAGUACAAGAUUAUCGAUAGAUACGUUAAAAAAGACCUUCUUUAUGUUAACUUUGCUCAUACCCAAUAAAUGAUCUUUAUUUAGGCAAAUGUAAGAUUUUCCAUUAUAAAAAUAUUUGUGUAUUUUUGAAAAUAUUGAAAGGGAAGGUCAAUUUUCUUUCAGAAUAAGAUACAUACUAGUAAUGCUCUUAUACUUAAGGAUGUUUGCUACUCUUGAUUUUGAAAUUUUUUCUGAUAUUCAGAAUCCUCUUGUAUUAUCCAUGUAGUGCUAAUAAAAAUUUUACUCCUUAACCCCUACUUUUCUUUUAUAAUUUUAUCAUAUAUAGUUUAAAAAUCUUAUAAAAUCCUUUUUACUUUUCAUAGUUUUUAAAAGAGAAAAGGUGUCAAUGUUAAAUGUAUGAAAAAUCUAGAGAGAAUUAUUUGCCGCCAAAUUUUCAAUUAAUUAUAUCUCAAAAUCAACGACAUUGAGUUGUCAUUUUUUCCUACUUUUAAGGUCCGUUAUUAUAUACUAUCAAUAUCCUUAAAAGGUAAGGACUUGUGUAAUUGGUUAACAACUGGUUAUAUAGUACUUAUAUAUCCUGUAGUUUUUUUACACUAGAUGUUUCACAUCCUCUGAGCAGUCAAACCAAUUGAAGAUUGACAAAAAAUAUUAUAUGAUUAUUUGAAAUUGAAUUUUUGUUGCUGUUGCCAUUCUAAUAUCAAAGCAAUUAAAAUAUAUUGUGAACUCAUUUAUUUCAAGGAUUUAGAUAAAAAUAGAUUUUUUAGGGAUAAAUUAUUUAAUUGUGUUAACAAGCCAGAAGGAAAUGUGUAAUGUGUUGAACUCUUUAUUCAGUGUUCACCUCUGCAUGAAAUGCAUGAAAUUAAGUACCUCUCAAAUGAAAAUGAUAAAGAAUCUACAAUGUUGUAUUUUACAGAGUACCAGAGGUUCCCACUGCUUCUGAAUAUAUGUACUGUAUAUGUCUAUUGCGAUGAAAGGAUGUAACUUUAGCUGUAAAACCUUUUAGAAUUGGGUCCACAGUGCUCUUCAAAUUCCUUCUCUUUUUUGCUUCUUAACUUUUUUGAUUUACGCAUCAAUGAUGACUCUUUUUUUAGAUUAAACAUGCCUCUGGAUACACAAUUAUAAGCCUGGCAUCAUUUGUGAGUUUUUGUUUUUGAAACUGUAAAUUUUAAUCUGGAAUGAGAAUAUUGUUGUUUUUUUUAAUCAAUUGCACCUUUUCUUUAUUGUAUGUUUUAAUGAUUUAUUUUUAUGUGUAUGUACAAGGUGUGAUAAUGUGAUACAUAAAAUGUAUACUUAUAUAUACCCUGACUCAUAGAGAAUAUUACAUGUCCCUUUCACCUCUCUUUUAUAUUAAUAGACUUUGUCUGUUUGUUCUUCCAUUUGUUUAAAUUAAUAAACUAAUAAGUGUAAGCCUUAUGUUUGAUAUAUGGUCAAAAAUAGAAUUAGAACAUUCUAUCAAUAUUUCUGAAUGUAUUUUAUAUAAAGAAUCUUUGUUAUUUGAAUUAUACCCAAAAACACACAUAAAGCUACUAUUGAAUUAUGUCAGCCCUGAGUCAGGUUGUUCUUUAAGAUAUUUGAUUAUUCAGGAUUCAAAUAAUUAUUUACAUUAUAAAUGACGUAUUUGUGAAAUAUAUCUUAUGUUAGAUGCAUUUAAAAUAUUUGGUGCUGGAAUUAUACAAGAGAAACUUGUAAGUAGCAUUAAGUUAAGCCAGCAAAUGAUUUUUUUUGGUGAUUUAGGAUUCAGAUAACUGUUAAUUCAAUGAUAUAAAUCAGUUAAGAAUUGAACACACUCAUCUAUUCAAAAAGUUAGAUGAAUACUCAAAAAUACAACAGACAUAUUAUUCCCUAGAGUUGUUCCUCUUCCAUUGUUUUUAUGUUUAAGACACGAAACAGUAGGAGAGUAAGUAAUUAUGGAUAAGUGAUCAAUGAUAAGUUUUUCUGGUCAGGUUUGUUCCUCAGAUACUAUUAGCAAUAGGUUUUCUAUAUUUGGUGUAUGGAAUGAUUGUAAGGUGUCUGUUUUGGCAGUUUCAUCUGACCUUGACCUUAUUUUCAUGAAUCUCUGAUAAUUUAAAGUUUAUGUGAUACCUGUACUAGUACAAAAUGUAGUAGUGAAACCUUAUCGUAAAGACUUUAAACACAAAAUUCAAAUAUAAACAGUAAAGCAGGCAAGACAUUUCAGUGUGUUCACUCUUGUUAAUUUUGAUGAGCAAAAUCAUCUGCACUAUUAGAAGGUUGCAUUACAUGAAAGAUCCUUGUGUUUGUGUGCUGAGUUAUUGUUUGUUCUCUUUCUUACUAUAUUGUGUGUAUGAGAGUAUUCAUAAUAAUGUGAGUUAUUGUUUGUUCUUUCUUACUUUAUGUGUGUUUGAGAGUAUUCAGAAUAAUGUGAGUUGUUGUCUGUUCUUCAUUAAACCAAAACUUUACAAAACCAUUUAUUUAAACCAGUAUAACUGAAUUACCAUAGCUUCCAUUGUUUUUGUGUAAGCCAAUUUUAAAUGAUUAAGGAUAAAUUGUAUUUUCAUGGUUUGAACAAAUUAUGUAUACAAGCCUAGAAGAAAUUUGUGUUUUAUUAAAUAAUUAAUUUAAUUGUUCAUCUUUUAUCUCAAAUCCACAGAAACUUAAACCCCUUUUAUAAUAAUGAAUCCGCAUUUAGGAAAGUUUUAUAUUUAUGUUAAACUUUGUAGAGUCCAUCCGGGUAAUUUCGUACAGGCGUGUAAUUACCAUACAUAUUAAAUUUUGCUUGUUUUUCUGAGAAAUAAAGUGUGUUUUAAUAUUAUCUACUGAUAAUAAGAUAUGUACAACCUUGUAUGUUAAUGUUUUUAUGAUUUUCUAUCAUAGAAUAUGUACACAUUUGCCAUUUGUCGGAAAGUUUUGUUCAAGGGCGUUUUGAAAAGAUGAUCUCAUCCAAAAAGUCACCAGAUUUGUGUAAAUUCUAAGUUUGGUUAAUUUAAUGUAAGAUCUUUCUACUUUAAUCAAAAUUUAGAAAACUGAUUGAAACUGAAAGCCAGAAAUGGUUUGCAAUUGACAGAUACUUUUCCAUGUAGUAUAAGUGCAAUCAUUUCCAAUAAAACGGAGUGGUUGCACAGGAUUACCCUACAUGAUAUUUUACAUGCAAAUGUAAAGAGUCUAAUAUCGUACACGCCAUCUUUUAAAUAUGUUAAUGUUCAUUAAGUGUUAAAAAGAUUUUCUAUGUUGACUUAGCUUUAAUUUGCUUAUAUUAAUGAUUUUUGUUACAUAAUCAAAUUAAUUGCAAAAUAAAACAAACAGAAAAAAAAUACAUAAAACAACAUCAAUUCGAUAUGGGAAGAAAGAGGUCAAAAUAUGUUAUUUUUGAUUCUAUCAACCACCAGUCCGCUGCCAAUUGAUUAAUAGAGAUAGACGUUGAUGUGUUUGCAAACUAUUCCUCCUUAAUUGCGAAGGUCCUCUGUGCCCCAGUGGUCUAAGUAGUUCAUCUCAUAUAUCGCUACUAAGCCAGUCAACACUAAGGUUGUGACUUCAAACCUUGCACAUGCAUGGCAGGUGUGUUCGAAUAUUAGUUGACUAGGCUUGUCAGUUUUCCUCCCGAACAAUAAAACAUAAAAAUAUAUAUGUUAUUAAGAAAAUGUUCCAUGAAAUGCUGCUGGAACAAUUGAAGAUGAUGCUUUAAUUCAGGACUUAAAAUUAGUAAAAUCUGCUGCAGCCUCUCAGCUUACAAUGUGGGUCUUGAUUGUAAAGACUGGUUGGCUCAGAGUUAAAAUUCUUUUCUGAAUAGGUUGACAUAUCUUUCUUCGGACUGAACUAGAACGUUAAAAACCAGAUGAGUGUAUUAUAGACAGGGUCUAUAUUCAUAUCACUUGUCAAACUAAAGUCAUGCAUAUCACAUAAACCGUCAUGCUCUCGCCCUGAUGUCCAUGUAUUAUUUGCAACUAAACGUUACUGUGUGUGUGUAAAGUUACUGUCUGAAACACAAGUCUGUCAUAAUCAUAUCUAAAUUUACCCUAAUAAUUUAUUGAAGCUUUAAUACAAACAAAAAUCUUAGGACACUUGCUUUUUGGUCCUUCUUUUGCAAUUAUUGCAUAUAUACUCAAUUUUGCCAAUAUAUAAUCAAAAGUGCAGUUAAUUGAGUUAUCUUUGACUGUUUAUAAUGUUGUAUUCUGUUAUCAAAAAAUACUGUGAGGAUCUACAUCACGACAUGGAGCUGUGAUAGUGUGAAUUUAAGUAAAGAUUGAAAGACUUGAAGAUGAUCCUGGUAUUAAAUUAACUAGUCCAAGUCAUUUCCAAUUAGCAAUCCUAUUUUGAAUUUUAAUCAAUGUAUGGAAUUACACAUCAAGGUGUACGGAAAUACACGACAUCUGUACGAUAUUAGCAACAGUGACUUUUCUGUUGGAAAUGCUCAUUCUAGGUAUUUUAUGUUGAAUGGCAUGGAAAAAGUCAAACAUUAAUACUAUCUACGAAUGAUCUAGUUACCGGUUUCCUUCUAGAACAUUGUAGUAUCAAACAGGGAACCAAAUGACAUUCAUUUAGGACCAAAAGUGAACGGAAUUACCCGGACCGACUCUACCGUGUUUUCAGAAGCUGCACCUGAUGAUUUCCUAUUUCAUGUCUUAAGGUAUCAUGAAUGUUUAGCCAAACACAGUGUUCCUUAAAGUUUAUAACAAGUGAAUUUGGUUCAAAAUAUGUCCUAGACAUAUCAAAAAAAAAGCUGAUUUUUUAAUAGAUAUUGCUAAAACAUUUCGAACUGUAACUCAUAACUUAGACCAUAAUUAUAUACUGUAAAAUAAUAAAAGUUUAACAAUGUGAACUGUUGGAUUGACCUUUUAAAAGAACACAUCUUUUUACUAAAGUGGUUAUACUAUCUUUAUAAAAUGACUACACACCAUAAAUGAUAUCUGUCAUAUUUGUUAUUUAAUGAUAUGUUGAUGUAGUUUACUGUUCUUUUUAUACACAAAUUUUAUGUUAAUAAAUUAUUAUUUUAGUAGAAAA